AUGGCAUGUGAAGGUCGGCAAGAUCCGAGCUUUGACGAUGACUUCACCAGGGCAGCAACUUUAGCUCUCUCGAACAAUCAAUUCCCCAAACCCAACUUUACACAACCUACCUACACCAUCGCCUGGUCGCGCCACUUGAUCCAUCCAAGUCGCGUCGUCUCUGGAAGACCGAUCCUCACGAGCGACAAGAUGGAGCGCGCAAGCUUCAAGCGCAAAGGCGAAUUCGGCGCCGCCAACAACAGCCGCAAGAGCGCCAAACUAGACGACACCAACGGACCACCCGCCAACCCAACCGGCAAGAUGACCUUCGCCGAGCGCAUGAUGGCCAAGAUGGGCUACAAACAAGGCCAAGGACUGGGAAAGCAAGGCGAAGGAAUCGUCAACCCCAUCGAAGUCAAACUGCGACCACAAGGAGCAGGAGUCGGCGCCGUAAAAGAAAAAGACAGAACAGUACAAAGCCGAGCAAAGANNCGCAAAGCCGAAGCCAAAGGCGAGGAAUACGAGGAUUCUAGCGAAGAGGAACGGAGAGCGAGGAAAAGAAGGAAUGAGAGGAAGAAAGAAGAAAGAGCUGGUGGUGUGGGUGGGGGCAGGAGAAAGACUAAAUACCGUACUGUGGAGGAUGUGCGUGCUGCGGCUCCUGGAUUGGAGUUGCCGAAAGCUAUGUUGGGCAGUAUUGUUGAUGCUACGGGAGGGACUACGAAACUGCUUACCAGCACUGCUGGACUCAUGACACCGACUCUCGUCCCUGCCGAGACCGAAGCCGACAAGGUAGCCAAACGCGAGAGACUGGAACUGGAAGCUUUUAUCGAAGCAUGGCAUGGUUUGCAAGAGCGAAAAGUGGUUGUUGAAGAACAGCAAGGUCAUUUGCAGAUGGACAUCAAUCAAGCCGACGACGACAUCAAGAAGAUGCAAGAGAUGGUUGAAGCAGUCGAAGCCUUGAAUAUCGCAAACAUUGAUUGGGGUCAAGCAAUGGAGAAGCUAGGGAAACUACAACAAGACUUCCGACAUGAUAUCGACAGCUACAAUCUGUCUGAGGCGGCUGUCGCAACCAUUACACCUCUGUUCAAAGCUGAUCUGGAUGACUGGGAUCCUCUGGAAACGCCAUCCUACCGAUUGGUCGAACAUCUUACACAUCUCAAACCUAUUCUAGGCUUGGAANAAACCUCAUCUGCAUUGGCAACCUCUAAUCCGGACAUCGAACCCGAGCAACGACGCUACCGCAAACAGAAAACCACUACACCAUAUGAGAGUUUGAUCUACGGCGUUUGGCUGCCCAAAAUGCGAUCCACUGUUACACGCUGGGAUGUACACGAUCCUGCUUCUUUGAUUACCGUGGUCACAGCUUGGAGACCUCUACUUCCUGCUUUCGUCUACUCAAACCUGCUAGACCAGCAAAUCGUGCCGAAAUUGUCAGAAGCAUUGAGUGUCUGGAACCCACGGAAGCGACGCCAUCAUCAUAAAUCCUCGAGUAAUGAUGCACCACACAUUUGGUUGUUCCCAUGGUUACCACUACUCCCACCCUAUCAUCUAGAUCCAAAAUCUACCACUGGAUUGCUGGUCGAUGCGAAAAGAAAAUUCCGCCGUGUAUUGGAUACAUGCGAUAUUUCUGCAUUGGUACCAGGUCUCGAACACUGGAAACAACUAUUCGGACAAAAAGACUUUGACGCCACAAUGUUACGCCACGUACUCCCUCGUUUGGCAUCUCAUCUGUCUAAUACCUUUGACAUCGAUCCAGCAGAACAAGAUAUUUCACCUUUGGAACAUGUAUUCGCUUGGCAACCUUUCUUCACACCAGCCGUCUUUGCUCGUUUGCUGGUUGCAGAGUUUNUCCCUAAACUGCAUGGGGUGUUGCAUCAAUGGUUGACUUCUCCAGAAGCUUCGUUUGAAGAAAUAGGUGCUUGGUAUACAUGGUGGAAAUCCGUGAUUCCUGAAAGUUUGCAGAGGAUUGCAGAGGUACAGGCAGAGUUUGAUAAAGCUUUGGGAACUAUCAACGAUGCGUUGACUUUACAAGAUCAAGGCAGGGAUAUGGCAGAGUUGCCUGCUCCUGCUGCUGGACCUUCUCGUCCUAUUGUUUCUGCAACUUCUGCAUCUACUUCCACAGCAACAGCAGCAAACCCCGUUGAGCAACAACAAGACCUCUCUUUCAAAGAUAUCGUCGAGGAAUGGUGUACAGAACACGAUCUCACACUCUUGCCUCUGAGGGAAGCACAUCCAAGCACCGGAUCUCCCUUAUUCAGAAUCACAGCCAGUGUGGNNAGUGGAAGAGGAGGUGUGGUUGUGUUUUUCAGAGGAGAGGUCUUGUGGGUGCAGAAAAGGAAAAGGGAAGAUGGGUUUGAGCCUUUGGGAUUAGAUGAUAAAUUGCUCGAGAGAGCGGAGGGAAAGUAA